AUGCUAGCAACGAUGUGUAACAACAGUGUUGUGAUAAUAUUGCUUCUGGUGGUGUAUAGUUCUAACGGGUAUAGGAGAGCUUUUGAUUAUGACUUGUACAAAAACGUUUUGGACCCAAAAUUGUGUCAAAGGCAGAUGGAGAUUUUGGUCACUACAAAUCUGCAAUGGCUGUUUCUUGACUCCAGUGGAAAGAUUCCAAAUGGUAUCGCAUCAUCGAACCUGAACGAUCUUGGUGACUAUUACCAAUGUCUAAGUAUAGCUGUAUACGCCAACGAUACUUUCAUAGAAGGUAAAUACAGUGGCAUACAAAUUCCAUUGGACCAACCGAUACAAAUACCGCAGUUGCCAGAAAUUCCAGAAAUACCGGAAUUACCUCCGAUACCAAAUAUAACGAUACCGAUUUGGCCGAUUGAGCAAGUUCGAAGUCAGGAGCAGAUGAACAAUAUUCGACUAUUGGCUCAAAUUAUGGCAGGUGUUGGAGAAGAAAAUGUGCUUGUCGAACAGCAGGAUAUCAAUACGAGGAUCUUUCCGAUGUUCAUUACUGCCCAAAACCGAGCGAUGUUGGGCGUUUGUGUUCCCAAAGUGUGCACAUCUACGGAAGCUGUCACUUACUUCCAAAGGCAUAUUCCAUUCCUAAACUUUACUUUUAUGGAAUAUUACUAUCGUCUGCCACAAGACCGACCAUUCGCUCCAGCUGACUAUGUCGCAUUUGUAAUUUUCUCUGUAAUUGGAUUUCUUGUAAUCAUCAGCACUACCUAUGACUUAUACAGCAACUUUCAGCUCAGACAGCGGCCCAACAAAAUGUACUGCUGCUUCUCCGUAUAUACGAAUACCAAACGCUUCUUGACCUUUAACAGUAAUCCGGAAGCUCUAGAAUGUGUAGAUGGUAUCAGGGCUAUCUCUAUGUUGUGGGUCGUCGUUGGACAUACAUACUCGAUGACAUUUUUAGGAUUUGUGUAUAACGUACAAGACAUUCUUGAGUGGAUGAGACUGUUCACAAGUACAUGGGUUAAUUCAGCACCAUUGAGUGUUGAUACAUUCUUCUUGUUGAGUGGAAUUCUAGUCGUCUACAGUACUACUGGCAAGAUAAGCAAAAGUCGUUUUAUUAGAACCGUGCAUUUAUUCUACAUGAAUCGGCUAUUGAGGAUUUUUCCUCUUCUCGCCACCGUCAUCCUCCUCCAGGCGUCCGUCUUUAACUACCUCUCUGACGGGCCCUUCUGGAUGAAUGUUGGUGCGGCAACAGAAAACUGCAGAAAGUAUUGGUGGUCUGCCUUACUCCAUGUACAGAACUACGUGAACCCAACCAGAGUAUGCAUACCUCAAACUUGGUACCUUUCUGUAGACAUGCAGCUGUACAUAUUCUCUCCAUUGAUACUGGUCUGGUUGUUUGGAUCACGGAAGUUUGCAUGGGGUGUCCUGUGCUGCAUCUUUCUGCUAUCUCUUGUAUCAGCUUCUGUAUACAGCUUCAUUUACGAUUUCAGCGCUGCCCUUGUCCAACCAAAUCGCAUGUUUGAGAUUGUAAACUAUUUCGAAACAUACUACUUUAACACUCUGGCAAGAGCGCCUCCAUUUUUCGUUGGCAUGAUUUAUGGAUAUAUUCUCCACUUGUACCGCGGAAAGAAAGUCAGAAUUACAAGUGUAAGUAAAUUUUUAAUUUAUUUUGUAAAUUAGAUAUUAUUCUUAAGAAGGUUAAGGAACUUUGGAUUUAUAAAUCAUUAAUUAUUAU